AUGGCGCCUGUUUACGCAGACCAUCCCUACAACUUGAUUCCCAGCCCUAAGGCGCGGAUCCCCGAGGGCGAGAUUGAUGACGAAGUCACGCAGCUCAGCACCGAGAUGGUGAAUGUGCAUAACUGCAUCAUCCGGGGCUUGAACUCUAUCUACCUGCAGGCACCUCACAUCAAGCCCAAGGAUGAGAAGACGUUCCUGAAUUACGUCGAGCAAUGGUACAACCUGGUGCACGCUCACCACAGCUCGGAGGAGUCGCACAUCUUCCCUAUCCUCGAAACCAUGGCUGGCGAGAAGGGCAUCAUGGACGCCAACAUUGAGCAGCACCAAAUCUUCGAAAAGGGUGUCGAGGCGCUGCACACUUACAUCAAGGCCUGCCUAAUCGACCAGGAAGCUUACGAUGGGGCCAAGGUCCAGAAGCUCGUCGACGGCUUCGGGAAGGACCUUUUCGAUCACCUGCGGGAUGAGAUCACGACGCUCAUGGGCCUGCGGCGAUUCGGCGAGGAGAGGCUGCAGAACCUGAUGGCGCGGUUUGCGCAUGUCGGCAAGGAGACAAUGGCGAAGGUCGGGAUGCUGAGCGGCGGCCUCUGUGUGCUCACCAACCACGACGUGGCGUACGAGGGUGGCCUCCACCGGGCAUUCCCACCGGCACCCCCGGUCAUCCUUUGGGGGCUGCGAAGCGUUGGGUACUGGCGACACAGUGACUGGUGGAAGUAUGCAGCAUGCGACCGGCUGGGCAACUUGCAGUCGCUGUAUGCGAUUCCGGCUUAG